AUGCCAACAACUGCUGUAGAAGGCCAGCCAUCGGCCCUGAGCUUGGCAGAAAGGGCUGUGUGCAAGGUGGUAUACGGUGCCCCCCGGCCCCGACCCCUCUUGCUUCCUGUGGGCCUGGAACUCUGGCUUUAUGUGCAGAAGAUGCGCAGUGUACAGAAAAGAAGGAUGGAGGCCUCUUGCCUAGAGCUGGCUCUAGAAGGUGAGAGGCUCUGUAAAGCUGGAGAUUUCAAAGCUGGGGCUGCCUUCUUUGAAGCAGCUGUCCAAGUGGGGACUGAAGAUCUGAAGACCCUGAGUGCAAUUUAUAGCCAGCUGGGAAAUGCCUACUUCUAUCUGAAAGAGUACUCAAAGGCUCUUGAGUAUCACAAGCAUGACCUCACUCUGGCCAGGACUAUUGGGGACCGCAUUGGGGAAGCCAAGGCCAGUGGCAACCUUGGCAACACUCUCAAAAUCUUGGGUCGCUUUGAGGAAGCUGUAAUCUGCUGCCAAAGACACCUGGACAUUUCCCAGGAGCAGGGUGACAAGGUUGGGGAAGCAAGAGCCUUGUACAACAUUGGUAAUGUGUAUCAUGCCAAGGGGAAGCAGCUGUCCUGGAACUCUGCCCAGGACCCUGGCCACCUGCCCCUGGACGUCAGAGAGACACUUCAGAAAGCUUCAGAAUUCUAUGAGAGGAACCUGUCUCUGGUGAAGGAACUGGGAGACCGGGCUGCCCAGGGCCGGGCCUAUGGGAACCUUGGCAACACCCAGUAUCUGCUGGGAAAUUUUAGUGAAGCCAUCACCUUCCACAAGGAGAGACUUGCCAUUGCUAAGGAAUUUGGAGACAAAGCUGCCGAAAGGAGAGCAUACAGUAACCUAGGAAAUGCCCACAUCUUUCUGGGGCGAUUUGAUGUAUCUGCUGAGUACUAUAAAAAGACCCUCCAGCUGUCCCGACAACUGAAGGACCAGGCCGUGGAGGCCCAGGCCUGCUAUAGCCUGGGCAACACCUACACGCUUCUGCAGGACUACGAGCGAGCGGUGGAGUACCACCUGCGGCACCUGCUCAUCGCCCAGGAACUGGGGGACAGAGUGGGUGAGGGCCGAGCCUGCUGGAGUCUGGGAAAUGCUUAUGUGUCCCUAGGAAGUCAUGAACAAGCAAUGACCUUUGCCAAGAAGCAUCUCGAGAUCUCCCACGAGAUUGGAGACAGGAAUGGAGAGCUCACCGCCCGCAUGAACAUUGCCCAGCUCCAGCUUGCCCUUGGUGGGGAUGCCAGCACCAAGGUAGGGGAUAGGCCUCACUACCCUGGCUAUGAAGCUCAAGGGGCCAGGCCUAAGAGGAUCCAGAGGCACAGCGUAGAGAGCCUGGAUUUGCUGAAGUUCCCACUGGAAAAGAACCAGAACGGAGACAGCCACCACAUGGUAGAGCUGAAGAUGGCAGGCAAGGACUUCUUUUCCCUCUCUAUGAAAAGCCAGAAAUACCUGGAGGGUCCCCAAGAGGGGAACAGCUUACCCUUAGACAGCACCAGUGACAUUCAAAUCCAGAUCCCCCAGACGAAAAUCCCACGAGCACCAUCUGAUGAGGAAUGUUUCUUUGACCUACUGAGUAAAUUUCAGAGCAACCGGAUGGAUGAUCAACGCUGCCCACUAGAAGAGGGCCAAGCUGGGGCAGCUGAGGCCAACACCCCUACUCCCACCCUGGAGGAAAGAAUAUCUCAGUCAUCCCUGAUGGCCUCCCCUCAGACAGAGGAGUUCUUUGACCUCAUUGCCAGCUCUCAGAGUCGCCGGCUGGAUGACCAGCGUGCCAGUGUGGGCAGCCUGCCAGGCCUUCGGAUCACCCAUAACAAUUUGGGCCACCUUCGUGGGGAGGGUGAUGCUCAGGAGCCCGGAGAUGAAUUCUUCAACAUGCUGAUCAAGUGCCAGUCCUCCAGAAUAGAUGACCAGCGCUGUGCCCCGCCUGACACAAUGCCCCGUGGCCCCACCAUGCCAGAUGAAGACUUCUUCAGCCUCAUACAGAGGGUGCAAGCCAAGCGGAUGGAUGAGCAGCGAGUGGAUCUUGCCUCUGGCCAGGAGGAGGAGGAGGCAGCCAGCAGGCGGUCAGAUGCCCCGCAGCAGUGCCGGCCUAGUGCCAGCUAA